GAUGGGAGAAGAAUAAACUGCAACAUCUUUAUGUAGGGAGCCAAGUAUUUUCUUCUUCUUCUUCGCGUGAACUUUCUGCAACCUGCUUUCACAUGAUGACAGUCGGCGGUUCAGGAAGUUCUCGCACUUCGGAAAUGCUUGGGAGGUUGUUGAUCGGUGGAGUUGUUAUCGGAGUUUCCAUUUUAGGGUUCUAUUUUACUUGUCCCUUACAGGUAUGGAGAAGGAGGAAGAAGAAGCGGGGGCCAAUACGAGUUUACAUGGACGGUUGUUUUGAUAUGAUGCACUAUGGUCAUUGUAAUGCUCUUCGACAAGCUCGAGCUCUUGGAGAUCAAUUGGUCGUUGGAAUUGUCAGUGAUGCUGAAAUUAUUGCUAAUAAAGGUCCUCCAGUUACGCCUCUUAAUGAAAGGAUGAUUAUGGUGAGUGCUGUGAAGUGGGUGGAUGAAGUUAUUACUGAUGCACCUUAUGCUAUCACUGAGGAUUUUAUGAAGAAGCUAUUUGAUGAAUACAACAUAGACUAUAUUAUUCAUGGGGAUGACCCAUGCAUUCUACCUGAUGGAACUGAUGCAUAUGCCCUUGCGAAAAAGGCUGGUCGAUAUAAGCAAAUCAAGCGUACUGAAGGCGUAUCUAGCACUGACAUUGUUGGUCGUAUGCUUCUAUGCGUGAGAGAGAGGUCUACAAGUGAUAGCAAUAAUCAUUCUUCACUACAAAGGCAGUUCAGUCAUGGACAUGGGCAUGGGCAAAAAUCUGAAGAUGAUGUUACUGGAACACGUGUUUCUCAUUUUCUGCCGACUUCUCGUAGGAUUGUGCAGUUUUCCAAUAGAAAUGGGGCUGGACCAGAUGCUCGAAUAGUUUAUAUUGAUGGUGCAUUUGAUCUUUUCCAUGCUGGACAUGUUGAGAUAUUAAGACUUGCUCGGGAACUUGGAGACUUUCUGCUUGUUGGAAUUCAUACAGACCAAACAGUCAGCUCUAAGAGAGGCAGUGCACGCCCAAUCAUGACUCUGCACGAAAGGAGCCUGAGCGUUUUGGCUUGCCGUUAUGUGGACGAGGUGAUAAUUGGUGCACCAGCAGUGGUGUCAAAAGACAUGAUGAAAACUUUCAAUAUCUCUUUGGUUGUCUAUGGAACUGUGGCAGAAGAUACCGAGUAUGAUAAGGGGAGUGAUGGCCCAUAUGCCGUUCCAAUUAGUAUGGGCAUUCUUAAAACAUUGGAAAGCCCUCUCGAUAUCACGACUAGCACAAUAAUCAAGCGCAUUGUAUCAAACCAGGAGGCUUAUCAGAAGCGACAAGAGAAGAAGUCGGAAAGUGAGAGGAGGUACUACGAGGACAAAACUUUUGUCGCUGGUGAUUAAUCAGAACAAGAUUGGUCUUUACUGUUGUAGUGUAUUGAAUUCGAGAUCCAAUUUUGCAGCUAACUUUGUUUUCAAAGCUUGUUUAUUUUAGGGCUUAUUGAUGAUGAUAUAUUAGCUUUAUGUUUUCCAGGUCUGUUACUCAUUAUAUAAUAUUUUUAAGACUUUAUUAGGUUCUGUUGAA